AUACAUUUAAUAUUUUCUGUUAAAUUUUCUUAUCUAAUUUAUAAUAUUUUUAUAUUAACAAUUUCAGAUGAAGCAAGAUCAGAAGCAACUUUCAGAUUUACAGUUCCCAAUUUCAGCAAACUCAAAGAUACUUUGCUCAGUCCACCUACAUUUGUGAGAAACCUUCCAUGGAAAAUAAUGGUAAUGCCACGAACAAACCAAAGUCAGAGUCGAGAAUUAACGAAAGGAUUAGGAUUCUUUUUACAAUGUAACGGAGAAUCAGAGUCGUCAACUUGGUCCUGUAAUGCAGCAGCAGAAUUAAGACUUAUUGGUCAGAAAGAGGGAACAGAAGAAAAUUUUGUAAGAAAAAUUCAACAUCUAUUCUACAGUAAAGAGAAUGAUUGGGGAUUUAGUCAUUUUAUGGCGUGGAAUGAUAUUUUGGAUCCAGAAAAAGGUUUUAUUAAAGAUGAUACUAUAAUACUUGAAGUUUGGGUAUGUGCAGAUGCUCCUCAUGGUGUCAGUUGGGAUUCAAAGAAGCAUACAGGUUAUGUAGGAUUAAAAAACCAAGGUGCUACUUGUUAUAUGAAUUCUCUACUACAAACACUCUUUUUCACUAAUCAGUUAAGAAAGGCUGUCUAUCAAAUGCCUACAGAGAGUGAUGACUCUUCAAGGAGUGUAGCGUUGGCUUUACAAAGAGUAUUUUAUGAAUUACAGUUUUCUGAUAAGCCAGUUGGUACAAAGAAACUCACAAAAUCUUUUGGGUAGGUAACCAGUUUAGAUAUAUUAUAUG